ACUUCCUGGUUGUAGCUGUCAAACACUCCGCUCUGGAUAACAACCGAUGUCCUCAGUCGCCGCCCUGCAUCGCCCCAAGCGAGUUUUAAUCGGCCACAAAGCAAGAAAUCCUGAACCAUGGCGUUCAGGAAGGCUCUGAAACACACGGCGAUGGUCGGCGGGGGGGCGGUCGCCACCGUUUUCGGCCUCUCGCAGCUCAUCGAGUACAGAAAGACGCAGCAUGGAUUGGCUCGGUUAGCCCACGUGGCAGCAGAGGCGGAGCUGAGGGUCCCAUUCGCCGACGAGUUCCCCUCCCGGCAGGCGCAGCUGGCGGCGCUGCAGAACACCGAGGAGUUUGACGUCCUGGUGGUCGGGGGAGGGGCCACGGGGGCCGGAUGUGCCUUAGACGCUGUCACACGCAACCUCAAGACCGCUCUGGUAGAGAGAAGCGAUUUCUCCUCGGGGACGAGCAGUCGGAGUACCAAGCUACUCCACGGGGGGGUCCGCUACCUGCAGAAGGCCAUCAUGCAGCUGGACUACGAACAGUACAUGAUGGUGAAAGAGGCCCUCCGUGAGCGAGCCAACCUCCUGGAGAUCGCCCCUCACCUCUCUGCGCCCCUACCCAUCAUGCUUCCUGUUUACAAAUGGUGGCAGUUGCCUUACUACUGGGCGGGGAUCAAGAUGUACGACCUGGUGGCGGGGGCGCAGUGCCUGAAGAGCAGCUACGUCCUCAGUAAGGCCAAGGCCUUGGAGCAUUUCCCCAUGCUGAAGAAGGACAAGCUGGUGGGAGCCAUCGUCUACUACGACGGACAGCACAACGACGCCCGUAUGAACCUGGCCAUCGCGCUGUCGUCGGUGCGCUACGGGGCCGCCGUCGCCAACUACACCGAGGUGAUGCACCUGCUGAAGACCAAAGACCCCCAGAGCGGGCAGGAGAAGGUGUGCGGGGCCCGCUGCAGGGACGUCAUCACAGGACAUGAGUUUGACGUGAAGGCCAAGUGUGUGAUCAACGCCACGGGGCCGUUCACAGACUCUCUGAGGAAGAUGGACAACCAGGAAACUAAGAACAUCUGCCAGCCGAGCGCCGGAGUGCACAUCGUCAUCCCCGGCUACUACAGUCCUGACAACAUGGGUCUUCUGGAUCCAGCGACGAGUGACGGACGCAUCAUCUUCUUCCUGCCCUGGGAGAAGAUGACCAUAGCUGGGACGACCGACUCCCCCACCAGCGUGACGGCUCACCCCAUCCCGGGGGAGGACGACAUCAACUUCAUCCUGAGGGAGAUCCGCAACUACCUCAGCCCCGACGUAGAAGUGCGGCGAGGAGACGUGUUGGCGGCGUGGAGCGGCAUCCGGCCCCUGGUGACAGACCCCGACUCCAAAGACACUCAGUCCAUCUGCAGGAACCACAUCGUCAGCAUCAGUGACAGCGGGCUUGUCACCAUCGCCGGCGGGAAGUGGACCACGUACAGAUCGAUGGCUGAGGAGACUCUGGACGCAGCCAUCAAAGCACACGGCCUCUCCGCCGCGCCCUGCAAAUCUGUGGGUCUGACACUGGAGGGGGGCAAGGGCUGGACCCCCACCCUCUAUAUCCGCCUGGUGCAGGACUACGGCCUGGAGAAUGAGGUGGCUAAGCACCUGGCGGCGACGUACGGAGGGAAAGCCUUCGAUGUGGCCAAGAUGGCUCAGGUCACCGGGCAGAGGUGGCCUAUUGUCGGGAAGAGACUGGUGUCUGAGUUCCCUUACAUCGAGGCGGAGGUGCUGUAUGCGGUCAGAGAGUACGCCUGCACAGCGACCGAUGUGAUCGCUCGGAGAACUCGCCUCGGCUUCCUGAACGUGCAGGCGGCCGACGAAGCGCUCCCUCGCAUCGUGCAGAUCAUGGGGAAGGAGCUGGACUGGAGCGAGGAAAAGAAGACGGAAGAGCUGGAGACGGCCAGGAAGUUUCUGUACCUGGAGAUGGGCUACAGGUCUCGCGCUGAACAGCUGACCAAGACUACUGAGAUCAACCUGGACACCCAGGAAGUAGCCAGGUACAAGAAGCGUUUCCAUAAGUUUGACAAAGAGAGCAAAGGCUUCAUCACCACUGUGGACGUCCAGCAGGUUUUGGAAAGCAUCAAUGUCCAAAUUGAUGAAAACGCACUCCAUGAAAUCCUUAAUGAGGUGGACCUCAACAAGAACGGACAGGUGGAGAUUGACGAGUUCAUGCAGCUCAUGAGCGCCGUGAAGAAGGGACAAGUGUCCGACAGCCGCCUGGCCAUCCUGAUGAAGACAGCGGAGGAGACGCUGAAUAAACGAGGCCCGGUGACGGUGGACCGGAGCGGGGGGGGAUUCUGAUCCAAAAGGGGGUCUCAUGCAAAUGGGCUAUUUGACAGACAAUAACGCAAUCAAGCACACGGGGUGAGCAAAUCAAGCGUCCCUGCAGAGCGGUCUGAAGGUGGUUUCUUUUCACAACAUCUGGUGCCUCUGAUGUCACGCAGCACAUCUGUUUUCUACUGUCUUUAAACACACUAUUUUAAUCAUUUGACAUUGUCUUUGUACCGACACUGGAUUUUUUUACUUUUCAUUUUUCAACAUAAUGGACAGCUGCUUUGUUAAGCUUUAUUUUACACGGUAAUUUUUUCUUCAUAUUAGCUUAGCACUAGUUAGUUAGCACUCACCUUAAUUACAUUACAUUACAUGUCACACAUGACUUCCAUACUCAAUACUGUGGGCAAUCCCCACAGGAGCAAUUUGGCAAAGUGUCUUGCCCAGGGACACAACGACAUGCUGACUGCAGUGGGGUUUGAACCUGUGCUCCCCGGAACACCAACGCACUAACCCACUGCGCCACACACCUCCUAAUAAAACCAUUAUGUAUCCAGGAAUACAUUAACAUUUAUUUGGCUUAAAUGGACAGCAAAUCACUAUGAACCUUUAAAAUAAAGCCACACGGGGCAUUUUAAUAUUUAGUUUCUACAAGCAGUCACUCUGAGAUGUUUCUGAAGUCCCCCCCCCCCCCCAACUGUUGAUCUGCUUUUCCACUACCAGCAAACUGCUUCUGAUUCUUAGGUUUACACGACAGGGUUCCCAGCUUUACUGAGAAAGAGGCUUUUAAUCUGUUCUUUCCACAUAUAUUUUUUAUUAUUUAUUCAUAGGUAGAACUACAGAGAUUUAAAUAUGUUGCAUGAGAGAAUAAUGAUUUUUGAUGAUGUCAAGCAGAAUCUUUAUUUUUACAAUGUUUGAAGUGCAGUUUCUUGUGCUUGUGUUGAGUGUAUGUAACUCUGCAUGCUAAUGUUGAAUGUGACACCAACAGCACAGUUGAAUCAUCCAUCUUGUGAUUGAUAGGAACAUCUUAGGCAGUGCACCUGAUGAUUGUAUGAUACGUGCCUUGAUGUGCCUAAGUUCUGAUCCUACUUUUCACUCUGCCACACUCCAUGUUAAACUAAUACAGGAAAUGAUGUUAAAGAAUGUAAGAAGUGUUAUAUAAAGAAUAUUAUUUAAGCUGUUUGUUUUGUAGCUCUGGUUGCUGCCAUGUUGGAGAGGUGAAUAAGUGGAAUUACAUAUUGCUAAUUGGACCUUUAGUCAACAAUGAAAUAUUUUUUGUUGACUUAUCUUCAAAAAGUUCCUGUUUUAAAUCCAGUUUUAGUUCUCUUCCAAUCUAAGAGAAGGCAGAGGUAUUGUACAGCUGCUUUGUUUCCACAUUUAAAGACUCUUUUUAAAACUACAAAUGUUGUUUUUUUCUGAGCUUUCUCACAGGUUUGACAAUAGAUGGGACUGAAUUGGACCAACAGAUUGAUGACAUGUAUUCUGCGGGUUAGUAUAGCGUGUUAAACUCUUAUUAAGUAUUGUUGAAAGACAGACAGACUUUCUCUGAUACGUUUCCAAAGGUUUCAAAUCUUGUUUUAAAGUCAACGUGCAGUGUUGCUUUUCCAAUUUAGAAAAAACCAUUCCAAACCCAAUUUAUAAAAAUAAAAACAGUAAUGGAACGCCUCCAACAUGGCAGUGAGCUGUUGAAGGUUUUAUAUUGUAAAGAAAAGUGUUUCCUCAUUGCCUUCAUAUGAUAAUUUAUAUUAAGAUUGAUCUAAAUAGACUUUUUCUUAUGCAGUGAUUCCAUCAGGUUUGAACCAUCACUGUACUGUUACUGAAGUGUGUGUGUGAGGGUGUGUGUGUGUGUGUGUGUGUGGGGUUCAGCUCCAGGACCCUUUAAAACUGCCAACGACAUUUCCACGCUGAUGUUUUUGUGGAUGAAAUUUCAGCUUUAUCCCCGGCUCAAAGAGAAUCCUGAGAGCGCGUCUUCAGGUCAAACAGCCAUUAUAUCAUUAAAUAUAUCUGGUUGCAAAG